AACUGAUCGCUCUGAAACUGUGAAUCAGUUGCGGAACGCGCGCCGCGCCGACGACAUCUUACCGCGUGCGUUACGAAUAAAAAUUACACGCAACACAUUUAAAAAUAUUCCUAAUUCUAUUUACAAGUUAUAUUUUUUUUUUUUACAAAGUGCCUGCCUGUGAUAGUUUUUAAGUGAUAUUAUUGUUAGUUUUACAAGUUACAAAUUGUUACCGGUUGAAGCCUACAGAAAUGUUUAUAGACGAAAAUGAGACGCCGGAGACAUGGUGGGUGUCGGCGGUGCUCAAGACCAUCAAGGCGGUGACGCUGGUCUUCGACAUCCUCACCUUCCCCAUUCACUUAAUAGUGCAGCGGCCAUGGAGGAAGCGCGCCCUCUCGCGCCGGAUUAAGGCGCGCAUCACGCAGUCGUCGCCGGGCUGCGUGACGGUGCGGUCGGUGUCGUCGCCGGGCGAGCUGCACGUGCGGCUGGUGCGCGACGGCGUGCUCACCAUGGAGAGCAUGCUGCGCGCCGCCGCCCAGCGCUGGGGCUCGCGCCGCUGCCUCGGCACGCGCACCGUGCUCAGCGAGGAGGACGAGCCGCAGCCCAACGGCAGGCUCUUCAAGAAGUUCAAAAUGGGCGAUUACGUGUGGCGCACGUACACGGAGGUGGAGGCGGAGGCGCGGCAGUUCGCGAGCGGGCUGCGCGCGCUGGGCUGCGCGCCGCGCGCCAACAUCGCCAUGUUCGCCGAGACGCGCGCCGAGUGGAUGCUCGCCGCGCACGGCUGCUUCAAGCUCAGCAUCCCAGUGGUAACAAUCUACGCGACGCUCGGCGACGAGGCCAUAGCACACGGCAUCAACGAGACGGAGGUGUCCACUGUCAUCACCACUCACGACCUGCUGCCCAAGUUCAAGAAGAUCCUCGCCAAGACGCCCAAAGUGGACACCAUCAUAUACAUGGAGGACCAGCUGCAGACCAUCGACCGGGAGGGCUACAAGCCCGGCAUCAGGAUCGUUGGCUACAAGGAGGUUAUACAGAAAGGAAUAAACGCCAGCUUUGAGGCGGUGCCGCCGGCGCCGACGGACACGGCCAUCAUCAUGUACACGUCGGGCUCGACGGGCGUGCCCAAGGGCGUCAUCCUGUCGCACCGCAACAUGCUGGCCACGCUCAAGGCGUUCGCGGACGUCGUGCCCAUAUACGAGGACGACAUGCUCAUGGGCUUCCUGCCGCUCGCGCACGUCUUCGAACUAUUGGCCGAGAGUCUCUGCAUCAUUGGUGGUGUCCCCAUCGGGUACUCGACGCCGCUGACGAUGCUGGACUCCUCCAGCAAGAUCAUGAAGGGCACCAGCGGAGAUGCCACCGUCCUCAAGCCCACCUGCAUGACCACAGUGCCGUUGAUAAUGGACCGCAUCAGCAAGGGCAUCACGGACAAGGUGUCUCGCAGCGGGCCGUUCGCGAGCGCGUUCUUCCGCUGGGCGUACUCGUACAAGCAGACGUGGAUGCGGCGCGGAUACGACACGCCCAUACUCAACAGGAUUAUGUUCAGCAAGAUCCUGGGCCUGCUGGGCGGGCGGCUGCGGCUGCUGCUGGCGGGCGGCGCGCCGCUGGCGCCGGACACGCACCAGCAGCUGCGCAUCUGCCUGUGCUGCGACGUGGUGGCGGGCUACGGGCUCACCGAGACCACGUCGGCCGCCACCGUCAUGGACGCGCACGACCGCUCCACCGGCCGCGUGGGCGCGCCCUCGCCCGGCACCGCGCUGCGCCUGCUCGACUGGGCCGAGGGCGGCUACCGCGUCGCCAACCGGCCCUUCCCGCAGGGCGAGAUCGUGAUCGGAGGUGAUUGCGUAGCGGAGGGCUACUACAAGAAUCCAGAGAAGACCCGGGAGGAAUUCAUCGAGGAGGACGGCAUUCGCUGGUUCAGGUCUGGGGACAUCGGCGAACUGCAUCACGACGGCUGCAUCAAGAUCAUCGACCGCAAGAAGGACCUAGUGAAGCUGCAGGCCGGCGAGUACGUGUCCCUGGGCAAGGUGGAGGCGGAGCUGAAGACGUGCCCCAUCGUGGAGAACAUCUGCGUGUACGGCGACAGCUCCAAGACGUACACCGUGGCGCUGGUGGUGCCCAACCCGCGGCACCUGGCCGAGCUGGCCGCGCGGCUCGGCCUGCCCGACCGGGACUUCGACCAGCUCUGCCACAACACCGCCGUCGAGAAGGCCGUCGUCAAGGAGCUCGCCGACCACGCCAGGAAGUGUGGGCUGGAGAAAUUCGAGGUUCCUGCUGCAGUGAAGCUGUGCACGGAGGUGUGGUCCCCCGACAUGGGGCUAGUUACCGCCGCCUUCAAGAUCAAGCGGAAAGACAUCCAGGAGCGGUACAAGGAAGACAUCAAACGAAUGUACGCCUCCUGAGUCCCGCGGCCCAACUACUAACGCAGCUCGCUCCACCGAGCUGGUCUCCGGCGAGGGUCGCGGCUGCCCUCGUCCUCCUGGUGACCAGUGAGUCUCGAUUUCGUGAGCUCGCCUUCUUCAACUACUGAGACUCGCCCAACAACUUUUUGAUGGCCCAUGAUGUGUUACCCUUCAUGUGUCAUCAGCUCACCGGAGACGUCAGCAGUGAGGUCACACGGUCUACCGGUCUUCGUCUUGUAAAUUAUUAUAUUUAACCUCUGGAGAUUCGGUUCGUAACUAUCAAUCAAUUAGUUUGAACGAGAUUAGGCCUGAAAUUUGAUAGAUUGUAUUUGAUAGAUUUGUUGAUUUGUAUAUGGGCACACAUCACACAUAAAACCGUUUAGGUAAUGUAAAAUUUAACAUAAUAUGCCAAAAUUUAUGUGGGUAUUAUACCUGUGUCUCUAGCAUAAUUGAAAGCACUCAGGCUUUUAGACAAUGUGGCAAAAAAUCCAUUUCCAGGCACGUCUACGUUACCGCAUGUGUGAGGAAAGAACGUGACGCCAAUUAUGCUGUUUCAUUCUCUCUGAUGCAUACCACGACGUAAUUGUGUUUUUUUUUUUUUAUUUUAAUAAAUUAAUUUCAUUUGCCACUGCCUAGAGGCCUGAUCGAGAUUAAUUAUAAGAUAAUAAAAUCACGAGUAAAACAUUAGCUUUGAUCGGUUCUAAGUUUCUAAUUAUUUUCGGUAAGCCUUGUACAUAUUUAUUUGUGUUUAAAUAAUGGUAGUUUGUAUUUCCGCGAUACAAAAUUAUCUGUGCAAGUGGAGACGGAUGCUUGGGAAUAUUUUCUGUAUAAAGUACACUUAACUGGUUUAGUUUGAUGAUAUAUUAACUCGAAGGAUUUAUUGUAAUUGUGUAUAAUGUAGAGAGAUUCAUAGAUAAUUUAUAGAUCUGAUGCCUGGGUGGUGAAUCGUGACGAAUGCGGCGUGUGGCCGGACCACGUGAUCGUGUCUGUGACUAAUGUAGAAUUGUUAACAAGAAUGCCCCUGUCGAUCCUGAUGCAAUAUGGAAAUGUUAUGGCAGGCAUGAUGUUUUUACCGUUUCCUUUUCCUCUCGAUUGCGAGAGCUGGCAGUUUUUGUGGGGCCCGCCCAUCAGGAUCGACACAUUUAUGGCCUAGCCCGUCAAAUGUAUAACCAGUUAACGUCCGAUCACGGAACUCUUUAUUGGGCUCAUGCUACAUAAACGGUUCUUCCGUCGCGGACUCCUGCACGUAAAUUUUCGCAAAUACAAAAUACAUGUUCGAAUUUUAAACGUGAGAAGCCGCCAUUAUUUAAUUUGAAUCUGUGGUUGUUAACACUGAUAAUUAUAUGCGGCGAUGGUAACUAGCAAAUUUCCGCAGGGAGAAAACCGUCUGCAUAGUAUGAGCCUUGGAUUAGGCAAAAAGACACUGUUCCAUGGUCUGGACCAAUUGCAGUCUUUAGUAUAAGUUCACUGUUAGUACUUAGGGGGAUCUGGGGUUUACGUUCGCUCGUGUUGAUAUUUUUUUUUAAAUAAUAAUAUCGCAAUAAUUAUAUUCCUUCAUCUUUUCAUUGCAAUGGGUGUAGUGUAACUAACGAGAGUAGUGGUGUCGCAUUAUCGAUUAGCUAAAUUGAUCGCCCUACCUGCGCGUGCGCAUGUACCGGCGAGCUCGGUGACACGUGGAUGUUAAAUUUGUUGAUUAGUUUUAUUUUAUAGAACGGCUGCUGUAAUUUUGCAAAAUCUUACCAUGUGGCUAGUCAGAGAUACUUCGAAGUUGAAGCAUUUUGUUGUUACCGUGGACGCAUUUCUCCAAGCAUUUACGUCCGUUUACGAUGUAAACCUGAUCAUGUAUUUACGCGUGAAAUUGAAAUUUAAUGUAAUGUAUAAUGAACAUUUCAACUAUGUAAUACUGAUAAUUCCAUAAUGUAUUUAAUGUGCAUGUUACUGUAAGCGGUAGCGACGAUAUUUUUCGAUGUAAUUAAUCGUUUUGAUAACAAUUGAAACAACUAUCGUAUGUAACUAUUACAUAUUGUUGGUAGGAGUUAUUGGCUCAGAUUAUGUGAGUGUAUUUUGUUUCAAAUUCUUGAAUAUUAAAACUGAAAACCAUUUUUGUAUUAUUUAUUCAAUAAAUGUUAAUAAAAUCAUUA